UAGGAGGGCGCAGGUGCGCACGCGCAGAGCGAGACGGCGUGUGCUACUAAAGUUAUUCUCAGGCCGAGGCGGGGGAUUUCUGCCCUCAAGCUAUCGAGCUGCCAAGGAAGGAGGAGCCGGCUAAGAACUUGCGAGCUUUUCUUGCGCCUGCGCUGUGGGUUACCCUCCGUUCUCUUCCCUCCCCCCCCACACCCUUUCCGCCGGUUCAUCUGCGAGGUGCGAAAAAUAAAAUAGAAACAAAGCUAUGAGAGACCGAACGCUGGAGCUGAGAGAGAAAGAUGAUGAGUCAGACAAUGAAGAUGUUGAAAGCGUGGCUCUUGUCCCACAGCGUGGAUUAGCAAAAUCCAAUAACUUCCCUGACCCUACUGAUGGAUUCUUCCAAAUGACACGUGAGAUCCGUGAAUCCUUGAAGGUCCUGGAACACAAAGUGAAGGACCUAGAGAAAAAUCAGACUACAGUCCUGGCUUCACCAAUCCCUGAUGACAAUGCGAAGCAAGGCCUACAAAAGCUACGUGAGGAAAUCAAGGAGAUGGCAAAAGAAACAAGAGCCCAGCUGAAGAAAAUUGAGCCCACCAAGGAAGAACAAGAUGAGAACAGAAAUUCGUUCAACAACCGAAUGAAGAGAAAUCAGCAUGGAAUCCUUUCACAACAAUUCUUGGAUCUCAUCAAUAAAUGCAACUCUAUACAGUCUGAUUACCGAGACAAAAAUCUGGAGCGCAUCAAACGACAUAUACAGAUUACUGGUGGCCCGAUGGUAUCUGAUGACAAGCUGGAUGAGAUGCUGGAGAGCGGUCAGACAGAAAUGUUUAUUUCAAAUCUCACGAAGGACACACAAGUGACAAAGCAGGCUCUCAAUGAGAUCGAAACCAGGCACAGUGAAAUCCUGAAAUUGGAACGCAGUAUCCAGGAGCUACAUGAUCUGUUUAUAUUCCUGGCUACAGAAGUGGAGCUGCAAGGAGACGCGAUUGACCGGAUAGAGAAGAACAUUCUAGACUCCGGGGAUUACGUCAAGAAAGGGCAACUGCACCUUCACCAAGCCCAGGAGAAUCAGAAAAAAGCUCUCAAGAAGAAGUUCAUGAUUGGUAUCUGCUUGACCAUCACAGCANUAAUUGUAUUAUCUAAUUCAGUAUGA